CAGUGAGCCCGGGUGGGCGGCGGUGUGCCGGCCGCUCGGCUUCUGAGUUUCUGCAGGGCUUCUGGCCGGUAGGCGAGGAAUGGAGCCGGUGGGCGGCGGCGGCUUCUCCUCCACCGACCCGCGAAGUACCUAUGUGCUGAGUAACCUCGCGGAGGUGGUGGAGCGUGUCCUCACCUUCCUGCCCGCCAAGGCGCUGCUGCGGGUAGCCGGAGUGUGCCGCCUAUGGAGGGAGUGUGUUCGCAGAGUGCUGCGGACCCACCGCAGCGUGACUUGGAUCUCUGCAGGGGUGGCGGAGGCCGGCCACCUGGAAGGGCAUUGCUUGGUCCGCGUGGUAGCAGAGGCGCUCGAGAAUGUUCCCAUCUUACCACGGACCGUUCUCUACAUGGCAGAUUCUGAAACUUUCAUUAGCCUGGAGGAGUGCCGUGGCCAUAAAAGAGCGAGGAAAAGAACUACCAUGGAGACAGCGUUUGCCCUCGAGAAGCUGUUCCCCAAGCAGUGUCAGAUCCUUGGGAUUGUGACCCCAGGAAUUAUAGUGACACCAAUGGGAUCAGGUGGCAACCGACCUCAGGAAAUAGAAAUUGGAGAAUCUGGUUUUGCUUUAUUAUUCCCUCAAAUUGAAGGGAUAAAAAUUCAGCCCUUUCAUUUUAUUAAGGACCCCAAGAAUUUAACACUUGAACGACAUCAGCUUGCUGAAGUGGGUCUUCUGGAUAACCCUGAGCUUCGUGUGGUCCUUGUCUUUGGCUAUAACUGCUGUAAGGUGGGAGCCAAUAAUUACCUGCAGCGAGUGGUCAGCACUUUCAGCAAUAUGAACAUCAUCUUGGCUGGAGGCCAGGUGGACAACUUGUCUUCACUGACUUCUGAGAAGAAGCCUCUGGAUAUUGAUGCCACAGGUGUAGUUGGACUGUCGUUUAGCGGACACCGAGUCCAGAGCGCCACGGUUCUCCUCAGUGAGGAUGUGACGGACGACAAGACAGCCGAGGCGGCCAUGCAGCGUCUCAAGGCCGCCAGCAUCCCCGAGGAGAACACCAUCGGCUUCAUGUUCGCCUGCGUGGGCCGGGGCUUCCAGUACUACAGAGCCAAGGGGAACGUGGAAGCCGAUGCCUUUAGGAAGUUUUUUCCCAGAGUCCCCUUAUUCGGUUUCUUCGGAAAUGGGGAGAUUGGCUGUGACCGGAUAGUCACCGGGAACUUCAUCCUGAGGAGGUGUAACGAGGUGAAGGAAGAGGACCUGUUCCACAGCUACACCACCAUCAUGGCGCUCAUUCACCUGGGGGCCUCCAAAUAGGACGUCUGGUGGGUUCCUUUUUCAGAAAAAUGGAAACUUGGGAUAUAAGUAUUUUAAAACCAAACUAGCUCCUUGUGCUUUGUAGCUUUGGUGCUCUGAGAUCAUGUUGGGUGAGUUUUAAUACAUAGAUGAAGGACAGCUUUGUUCACAGACCAGAAAGUGAGGCUGGUAUCAGACCGAGCGCCCUGGGAGGAGGCCACGACUAUGUUCCCUUAAAGAGAUGGUGGAGUCUUUCCUGCUUUCAGUUUUCUCAGGAGCUGUAACACAUUACUGACUUUUUACUUUCUGAUGAAGAACUACCUUUGUUUUCGUACUGUAUAAAGUUGUUCUCGUAGGUAAGUUAGCAUUUUCCUCUUCAUGGUAAAGAGACUGCAAGGGAACAAUGUUUUUCACAUAGUUCUGAAAAUUAUAUCACCAUAUUUUGGUUUUAUACCAAUAAAAUACACUUGAAAACCCA